UCCCUUUCCUAUAACCAUACUCCCUACAAACACAACUCGCCUCUACUUCUCUUCCUAUCUACUCCCCUCUCCAGUUCAGCUAUCUCAUCUUCUUCUACAAUCAAAACUCAAAAAAGCACUAGCUAGGCUACAUAUCCCAAACCUCAACCCAGCAGCUAUCUAGCUAGCUAGCUAUAUAUAUCAUGAAAUCACACUCGGUUUCAUCUCCACCUUAUUCAACUCCCGCCAAUUCAUCUCCUCUUGCAAGAUUACGUCGUAAACUAUCUCCAAGGAAAUCCCACGAUAAACCACAUCCCACAUGCGUCAACAACUCAACUAGUGCUCUAAAUGUGGUAGAUCACAACAAUGAGCUCCGAAGGGUCUUCAAUUGCUUUGACGAAAAUGGAGAUGGAAAGAUAUCUCCUGCUGAGUUGCAGUCCUGUAUUACCUCUGUUGGAGGUAAGCUUUCCAUCGAGGAAGCUGAGGCUGCCAUCAGGUUCUCUGAUAUGGAUGGUGACGGGCUUUUGGGGUUCCAGGACUUCCUAUGCUUGAUGACAGGCAAUGCUUCAGAGGAAGAGAAGACCGAGGAUCUCAGACAGGCUUUUGGAUUGUACGAGACUGAACCUGGCUCUGGCUGCAUCACUCACACCAGCUUGAAGCGGAUGUUGAGUCGAAUGGGGGAGUCCAAUUCUAUCAACGACUGCAAGGCUAUGAUCCGCACCUUCGACCUCGAUGGGGACGGUGUUCUUAGCUUCCAGGAGUUUGCUGUCAUGAUGCGCUAGUUCAUUCCCAUCCAUGCCCUGCCCUUCUGCCACUUCAUACAUGUACAUCCGCGUUCUAUCAGUGGAAAUAAAAAUAAAAUAGUAGAAUAGAAAAUGGCCAAGUGGUUAAUAGCUCCGCUCUCCAAAACCGAUACCAUUCUUUGUGAACUAUUUGAGUGUUCGAAUCCAUCUCUCCUUGAUUCAUUUGUUCUCCUUGAUUUGUUAAAUAUUCAUUAUUUUUCUGUGCA